ACCACGCCGCCUUGAGGUUAGAAUCGCUGAAAAACUCUUGUCUACUGAUAAAAGUUCAAAGCCUUCCACACUUUGUAUAUUCUAAAUUCUAAUUACCCGUGUCAAAGUGAGGUAUUUGUGAAUUUUUCAAUUGUAUAAUUUUCCUCCUGUCCAUCGCAUUCAAUUAUUUGGUCGUUAAUUUUGCAGGAAAGCCACCCAGUUCAUUGAUCAUUUUCCUACCUCAGUGAGCCGCUAUCCGUCUGACCAAUUUUAAAAAUGAACGGGAUCAGGAGAAUGAGAUGCUUGAACUCCACUUUAUGGAAAAGCUUCUCCAGCAGUUCAACUCAAUACAGUGCAGCAGCAGCCAUCCCAGUUCCAAAACUAGAAAGCGAUGAAAGUGUUUCCCCAAAAAUAGAAAAGUUAGUGUCUGAGAUCUCCCAGUUAAAUCUACUUGAAGUUUCGGAGCUCAGUGGAGCAUUGAAGAAGCGCCUGAAUUUACCUGAUGCCCCAAUGAUGCCAGUUGGUAUGAUGGCACAAGCUGCUGCGCCAAAGGAAGAAGAAGAGGAAGAGGCACCUGUUGAAACAAAGCAGAUGCUAUUCAAAGUUAAAUUGGUGAAGUAUGAUGAGAAGCAGAAAGUAUCCCUAAUCAAAGAAAUAAAAUCACUUCUAGAAGGAAUGAACUUAGUCCAGGCCAAGAAAUUUGUGGAAUCAGCACCUGCGGUCGUUAAAGCAGACCUUCCAAAAGAAGAUGCUGAGAAAUUGAAAGAAGCCCUCCAGAAAGUUGGUGCUGAAGUAGCAAUAGAAUAGUUGUUUGUUACUGAUUUUUUAAUUUUUAAGUUUUAUGUACAGUUAGUUUUUUAGUCAUGAAAAAUUUCUUACCUUUUGAAAAAUGAAAUAAACUUAUCCAAGUGUCAA